CAGCCAAUGGUUAACCACACUAACGGCGUUGAUUUUUUACCACCUUUAUUGUUGUUCUGUAUUAUGUUUGUCUGUUUAACCGUUUUUCGAGACGUGUAGGUCGACCGAAACCAGGUGCCAAAGAGUUACCGACCCCAUCAUGUUCACCCACGAUGAUAUCACUAUUAAGACUGAGUUCAACCAUGAAGAAGAAAUCUACGCCUCUUUGGAGACGAUGGAUUAUGUGAAUGGGGAGUGCACCAAAAUAAAGCAGGAAUAUUGUGCCGAUGGUUUCGAAGGGAGGAACGAAUUGCAGGAGGAUGGCGAGUGCAAAUUGCCAUUAGAAGAGCAAAAGGAAGUGUGUAGUGGUUCAGUUUCGAUUAAAUGCGAAGCGUGCUCUGACGAAGGCACAUGUAAAGGAAGACUGGGUUUCUCAAAUUGUGUUAAAGUUAAAGAGUGUGUAGUUUUACUAUCGCAAAAUGGCACCCAAAUUCCGAAGACACACAUUUCGAAUGUGUUUAAAUGCUACCAGUGCAGCUAUGCAACGACAGAUAAGUCAUGGCUGGAAAGUCACAUAAUGCAACUUCAUUUGAAAAAAUGUACAAUGAAACCUUUUGUUUGCAAUCAGUGCACUUAUUCCACCAAUAAUAAGAGUCAGCUUUUAAGACACUAUUCUUGUAUCCAUUUAAAAUGUGGUCAAUGUAAUUAUGAAACGGACAGAAAGCACUAUUUAAAGCAACAUCUUUUAACACAUACUGCCAAAGAUAUAAAAUGUGAACAUUGCAACUUUGUCACAAAUAGAACAAGCUAUUUAAAAAAUCAUAUGGCGAUGCAUAGUGUGUCCAACGACUUUAAAUGUGACCAGUGCAAUUACGUCACAAAAGCCAAACUAAAUUUAAUGCGUCACGUUUUAAAACAUUCCGCCGUCAAAAAAUACAUUUGCGCUCAAUGUAAUUAUUCCACAAAUUCUAGAGAGUGUCUAAAGAAUCAUAUUUUAACACACAACACUUUCAAGGAUAUUAAGUGUGAUCAGUGCGAUUACGUGACGAACCGUCACAAUUACUUAAAGCGUCAUUUGCUAACACAUAACAUUUCGACAUGUGACUAUUGUGAUUAUUCGACGACGGGGAAAUCAAAUUUAAGUCGUCAUUUUUAUCAGCAUCACGCUUCGAAAAAAUUCAAUUGCAAUCAGUGCAACUUCCGCACCAAUGGCAAGCGCAAAUUUAAGCGUCAUCAUUCGGUACAUCCCAAAUAUUACACUUGCGUUCCCUGCGAUUAUACCACCGAUAAUCGGAAGGAUUGGAAACAUCAUCAGAUAGCUGUCAAACAUUUCGUUUGCAAACAGUGCAAUUACGCCACGAAUAUGAAGGCCAGCUUGGCGCGUCAUAUUUUGCUACACAGUACCAUCGAGAAUUUUGCUUGUGAUCAAUGCGACUUUGCCACAAGUGCCCAAUAUAAAUUGAAGAAUCAUGUUUUAGCAUGUCAUACUGUCAAAAGUUUGAAGUGUCACAAGUGUAAUUACGCCACAAAUGUCAAAACAAGUUUAAGAUAUCAUCUUAUGACGCACAAUAAUUCCAAAGUUAUUAAAUGUGACCAUUGCGACUUUGCAACAAAUAACAAGGUCACUUUAAGACUUCAUUUGGCAACGCACAAUAUUUUCCAAAGAUUUAAAUGCGAUCAGUGUAAUUAUUCGUCGAACAAGAAGGAGUCUUUAAAAAAUCAUGUUUUAACUCACUCGUCGAAGAACUUGAGUUGCUACCAUUGCGAGUACACCACCAACGUCAAGACUAGUUUAAUGCGGCAUAUUUCAAGACACAAUAAUUCCAAACCUUUCAACUGCCAUCACUGCCAAUAUGUAACAAACUGUAAGAGUAAUUUGAAGAUUCAUCUUGUAACACACAACAUCGUUUUCAAACAUUACACCUGCAAACAGUGCUACUAUAGCACCGACGAUCAGAAUGAUUGGAAACAUCAUCAAAGGACAUCUAAACAUUUCAUUUGUAACCAGUGCAAUUAUGCCACCAAUACUAACGGUCGUUUGCAGCGUCAUCUUCUAACACACAGUACGUGCAAAGUGCAACAAUUCACAGAACCACUCUCAUAAUUUACCAACUCCACUUAUUUACUUAAUACUGUUAUAUUGUAGCUUUUGAUGGACUGACUGACAUGAUCUUGUAGAUAAUAAGUGCAGUGUACUGAAUCUCGACAUAAUGUUUGCAACUCAUUUUAGCUAGAAUUAAUUGUCAUUAUAUUUAUUGCUGCAUACGUAAUUAAAAGCAUUCAUG